UGAACUCUAGACAUGUGUUUCCGACAAGCACACAACUACAGGGAGAUUGGUUGUAAGUCACAUAUUGUGUGGACAUGCCAGCUAAUUACAGUCCAGUUUGUGCUUGGGUGCUUUUUAGGUUUAAAUAAAAACGCCACGUCUCAGUGACAGCCGCAGGAUGGCUGACUAUUUGUUUACGUGUAAUUAAAAGCGCACAUAAACAAGCCUUUAGAGCGUUAGUUUGUCGGACAUCAGUGGGAGUCUGCUGCCAUGGCUGAUGCGUUCAGCAGCAGCUCGGAGACGGUGAUUCAGCGCGUGCUGGACGUUAGCCCGAAUGGAAACACCCCGACGGAGGACCUCCGGGAGCUGUACCAGAUAACCGAGACGUGUGCGUUCAUCAGCGAGCACCGCUUUGCAAAGGUUGCUCUGCAGUUUCCUGAUGAGCUGCUGGUUGACUCAGCGGCCGUGGCUGAGGAGAUUGAGCGAAACAGCCAAGCCAAAACUUUUAUUUUAGGAGAUACGUCCUAUGGCAGCUGCUGCGUUGACGAGGUAGCCGCAGAGCACGUCGGAGCCGACUGCAUGGUGCACUACGGCAGCGCCUGCCUCAGCCCGUCCAGGAGGCUUCCCGUCAUGUACGUCUUUGAGAAGAGGCCGCUGGACAUUCAGAUGUGCAGCGCCUCCUUCAGGGAGCUUUACCCGGACAGGCAGACGCACGUCGUCCUCCUCUGUGACGUCAACUACGACCAUGCCAUCGGUGAUCUUGCGACGCUCCUGAUACCGGAGUAUCCAAACCUUGUAGCCGCCGAGCUUGUUGUCGAAGGGGAACAGUGUUACAGCCAUGGACGGAUCAAGAGUAUCAAUCCCGAACCCUGUCCUUCUGAGGACGGCGGCGCUGAGAUCGUCUGUCAGUUCGGACGGCGGUUCUCCUUAAAAAGCGGUUCGUCUCUGACGGAUUACCGGAUCUUCUAUGUGGGCCGGGAGGGAGCCACGUUACGGAACUUCAUGAUGACCUGGAACCGCUGCUCCUUUUGCUCUUUCGACCCCGUCUCGGCGACGGGACGGGUCGAGUCCGUCAACGUCAACCGCGCUCUGAUGAAGCGCUAUUACGCCAUCGAGAGGGCCAAGGACGCCGGCGUGGUGGGCGUCCUCGUGGGCACCCUGGGCGUGGCCGACUACCUGGCCGUCAUCCGGCAGCUCAAAGAGACGCUCCGCAGAGCCGGCAAGAAGAGCUACGUGUUCGCCAUGGGGAAGCUCAACGUGCCCAAGCUGGCAAACUUCCUGGAAAUCGACGUCUUCGUGCUCAUCGCGUGUCCCGAGAACUCGCUGCUGGACUCCAGCGAGUUCUACAAACCUGUGGUGACGCCGUUUGAGAUGGAGGUGGCCUGCAACAGGGACAGGGAGUGGUCUGGGGAGUACGUCACAGAUUUCCGACAUCUGCUGCCAGGCGGACGGAGUCACGUGCCCAUGGCUGAUCAGCAGGAGGACGACGACAGGACGGACGUGUCGUUAAUAACCGGAGCUCUGCGCUCCCACAACCUGCUGAGCAGCGAGCCUGUUCAGUCCUCGUUUGGCUCCUCCGUGGUGCUGAGGAACCAGACUCUGACUGUGGCCAACACAAACUCCGCGGCAUCUUUCCUGGCAGGUCGAAGCUGGCAGGGCCUGGAGCAGAAGCUGGGAGAGACUCCUGUAGUAAAGGCAGUGGAGGGCAGGAGAGGCAUAGCCAUCGCCUAUGAAGAGGAAGGAACAUCCUGAUAAUUUACUGGAAAUCCUCACAGAAGCCCAAAGAUAAUUUCUUUUUUUCUGAAUGGACUCAGUAUAAAUGUGUACAUUUUUCCACCUGGAGCUGAAUAUAUAUGUUUCUUCCCUAAAAUACCAGCCAGCAUGACUUUUUAUUUCAGUAAUGUUUAAUGAAUACUUGAAUGCAACACAACUUUAAUCACUGCUUACAAUUAUUUCUUAUCUGUUACAUGUGCAACAAAAUUCGUAUCCAACUUCACUAGUUAUGGUUCAUUCGUUGGAACUUCCUCUGCAAACGAUGCAGGAAAUAUACCAGUGUUCCCGUUACACUGCCCUUCCAACCAGUCCUGGUUUACUAAAGGGAAAAGACGAGACUAUAGGUUAGACUUGCAUCCUUAAUGCAAUAAGUUUCUGAAAUGUUUAGUCACAUGAAGCCCACCUCUGGAGAGCAAUCGGAUUUGAUCUCCCUGCUGAAAGCUCAGGUCCUCUGGAUUUGAAGACUCGUAGGAAUGAAGCGCCACCAAGUGAAUCUCUCUCUGAGUCUCUGACUUUCCGUCACUUUGCUGUAAUCACAUAAACAUAUGAGCAAUCGGUUUAAAAAUGA